AUGGAAACGUACGAUAAAUUGGUGAAAGCGUUCGGUGAUGAAGCCCUGAGUCGUGCUCAGGUUUUUCAAUGGCAUAAAAAUUUUAUAAAUGGUCGUGAAAGCGUCGGGGAUGAACCGCGAAGUGGGAGACCGGUUGAAGCUCGAACUGACAACAAUGUUCAGCGUGUGCGCACUCUCGUGCAUCAAGAUCGGCGUUUAACUGUUCGAAUGUUGGCUGAUGAACUUAAUUUGAAACGAGAAUUCGUCAGAAAAAUUUUAACUGAUGAUUUGUCCAUGAAAAAGCUGUGUGAAAAGAUGGUACCGAAGAACCUUUCGGCGUGCCUUCAGUGUGUCGCGAUUUUUGACCUCUAAGAACAUCGCAGUGUUGCCACAAGCGCCCUAUUCGCCGGAUAUGUCACCCUGCGACUUCUUUUUGUUCCCUCAAACAAAAUUGGCCGUGAAAGGAACGCAUUUUGAGUCCAUAACUGACAUCCAGAACGCCGUGACGAAGGUACUUCAGGACAUUCCAGUCGAAGCCUUCCAGAAAUGUUAUGAGAGCUGGAAAAAACGUUGGAACCAGUGUAUAGGGGUGGGAGGGGAGUACUUUGAAGAGGAU